CAGAAGGAAAAAGGAGCCGGUCCUCUGUCGAGCUUCGGAUGUGCUCCUGAAGGAGAGAUUUGCAAAUUAACGCACCUGCGCUGCCCUAUUUUUGUAUUUGCAUUUUAGAAAAAGAAAACUAUAUUAAUUUUCCCGCGUGAAGAAAACUUAUUUUGCAGUUUUGUUUAAGAGGGAGGUUGAAUUGCAUUGUAAAAGCAGGCCGAAUGUUUAGGAAUGGCUGAAGAGAACAACAAGGGUCAACAACCCAAGCCCAGUGGUAAAAUAAAGAAGGCUUCAGUUGCUGAAGAGGAAGGGGAAGAAGAAGAAGAAGAGGAGGAGGAGGAGGAGGAGGAGGAGGAGGAGGAAGAAGAGGAAGGGGAGCUGAGUUUAGGCAAAGCCAUGCAGCAGUGCGAGCUCAACCAGAACAUGAUCGACAUCAGCAUCUCCAGUCUGGAGGGGCUCAGGACCAAAUGUGCUGCGUCCAACGAUCUGACGCAACAGGAGAUUCGCAUGCUGGAGGUGAAACUUGUCAAAUACAUCAGCAAGCAGUUACAGUGCAAGCGCAAGGUACCGCCUAGUGAGAGAACCUCUGAAUUGGAGAGCUAUCCUCGACUGAGUGACUGGUUCCACACAAUUAACUUAAGAAAAGAAAUAUUACAGGAGAUUCCAGAUAACCUAACACUAGAUAUCUUGCUGAGUAUGUCGGAUACUAAAGUCUGUGAAGCCAUGAAGAGAUAUGGAGCUAACCCUGAGGAAUGUUGCCGAUUGAAUGCUGCCCUCUCGUGUUUAAGAAGUAUAAAUGAUUCUGGUGGAGAGUUACAAGAUGAUGCAGUUCUUUGGACUUCAACUGAAACAAGACGAGAAAGCAACCCUGUACCACCUCCAGAGUUGAUGUUUUCUAUUGGCUCCAGACUGCCACACAGUCCUUCACCUGUUUCCAGACUAAUUCAUCCACAACCACGUUCAGUCUCUGUUUCAGUUAUUCCUACUUCAGAUUAUGUGUACUUGCCAAGUCGGUCAGAUAAUUUAGUGGACCCCUUUUCACAGUCCCCUCAACCAGGUCGACGAAUGUCUGGAGCUCAAACCAUUACAACUACACCACCGGCCACUCCUCCAGCAAAGAAGAAAAAUAGAUUUAAACCACCACGAACUCCACCACCACCUUCACGGAAACUUAUUCAGCUUUUUCCUGCUUUCUCAGGACUUACCAGAAGUAAAUCUCAUGAAUCUCAACUGGGCAAUAGAAUAGAUGAGGUACCAGCAAUUAAGUUCGGUAAGAAAAACAAGUUUUUUCUCAAUCUGAACAUCAAUGGCAGUGGCACCAACUGUGAUGAUAUCGUGACCCGAUCCCCCUUAUUACCAUGUAGGCCUUUCUUUCCUCCAUCUAUUGGAAGUUCUUACUGUCUUCCCUCAACACCUUGUGCAUCUGAUGACCACAGUUCUCCUAAAAAUUCGUUACGUGUACCGCGAGGAUCCCCUCAGAUGCAACACAGGGAUUUUGGGCUUUCUAUUACACAUAGGUUUUCAACAAAAUCCUGGCUUUCGCAGACAUGUCAAGUUUGUCAAAAAAAUAUGAUGUUUGGCGUGAAGUGCAAACACUGUCGAUUAAAGUGCCACAACAAAUGCACAAAAGAAGCUCCUCCGUGCCGGAUUUCAUUUCCCCAAAUUACAAAAAUACGAAGAACUGAGUCUGUACCAUCUGAUAUAAAUAAUUCUGUGGACAGGCCUGGGGAGCCUCAGUUUGCUACCCUUCCAAAGACACCACAUAAAAAGGAUCAUGCACCAGUUCCGUUAGAUUCCAGCAGCAAUCCAUCUUCAACCACCUCUUCAACUCCAUCUUCUCCAGCACCUUUUCCAUCUUCCAAUCCUCCCAGUGCAACUCCACCCCCAAAUCCUUCACCAAAAGGUCAUAGAGACAGAUUUAAAUUUCCAGCUGCGUACUACUUUCAUCAUAGACAACAGUUUAUCUUCCCAGAUGUGCCUAGCCCGACAUUGCAUGUCACUUCACAGCCUGAAAGCUCUGAAGACACUAAUACUGUAGAGGAAACUGAACCAGAUGCUGUUGAAGAACUAGAUGCAGAGAAUGAAGAGCGAGCACUUGAAGACGAGGCUAAUAAGUCAGAAUUGGAAUAUGAAACUGAUGAGGUUGAUGAUUUGCCAAGCUCUAGACCGUACUGGAAAGGGCCAAUUUUUCGCAAAGCCAGCCAGACAAGUGUCUUCUUACAAGAGUGGGACAUCCCUUUUCAUGAAUUGGAAGUUGGAGACCUGAUAGGCCAAGGGAGAUGGGGCAAAGUUCACAAAGGACGCUGGCAUGGAGAAGUGGCAAUUAGGUUGUUAGAGAUUGAUGGAAAUAAUCAGGAUCACCUGAAAUUAUUUAAAAAAGAAGUGAUGACUUAUCGUCAAACAAGGCAUGAAAAUGUGGUACUUUUCAUGGGAGCUUGUAUGCACCCACCUCAUUUAGCCAUUAUUACAAGUUUCUGUAAAGGACGAACACUCUUCUCAUUUGUAAGAGAUUCCAAAACCACACUGGAUAUUAACAAGACGAGACUGAUUGCACAGGAAAUUAUAAAAGGGAUGGGAUACCUUCAUGCAAGGGGGAUUGUGCAUAAGGAUUUGAAGUCAAAGAAUAUCUUUUAUGACAAUGGAAAAGUUGUUAUCACAGAUUUUGGGCUAUUUGGUAUAUCUGGUGUAGUACAGGAAGACAGAAGAGAAAAUGAGUUGAAGCUGCCAAAUGGAUGGUUGUGCUAUGUAGCUCCUGAAAUAGUCCAAGAAAUGUAUCCAGGCAAGGAUGAAGACAAGCUGCCAUUUUCAAAGGCAGGAGAUGUAUAUGCAUUUGGAACUAUUUGGUAUGAACUUCAAGCAAGGGAUUGGCCAUUUAAGAAUCAACCAGUAGAGGCAAUCAUCUGGCAAGUUGGCAGUGGGAAAGGAGUCAAUAAUCUUUUGGCUCAGAUUUCAUUUGGAAAAGAAAUAACGGAAAUUCUCGCUGCAUGUUGGUCUUGUAGUCAGAGUGAAAGACCAACUUUUUCUCAGCUGAUGGACAUGCUUGAAAAACUGCCGAAGCUGAACAGGCGACUUUCCCAUCCAGGUCACUUCUGGAAAUCUGCAGAGUUGUCAUUCUGAAAAAGAGACCACAUCAAGUAGUUGUAGCUGUCGGUGCAAAAUCUGGGUCUGCCUUGCAUGCAUCCAAAUUCUCUCCCCUGUGAUACAACGGCUCUGGCAGUCAUUUACAUCGUUAAAUUAUCCAAAAGUAACAUUUGGAGGCAACCUCAUUAUUAGCCCUAACCUUCCCAAUCUCCUUGGCCUGUCUAACCUCCUUUCUCUGGGUUAAUGAUUUCAAAGAUAACCUUGUUUGUGGAAAAUCACUGUACUAAUAGAAUGAGCUUGGUUACUUGGAUAUACUUCAAACAAACAAAAAUCUGCCACUGAACUGGGUCUGCUUUUACCACUGACUAUACUAAUGCUACACAUGCUAACGAAGCAUACAGAUUAUUUGCACUCUGUUGGUUUUGUACUUUCACGGUUUUUAAUUGAUGAUUAGCCAUGGUACAACAUUUUAUUUGUAGCUUGAAUGUUCUGAGGCUGUUUGGAUGCUAAUUUUUUUGUACUGUCACUUUCCCCGCUAUGAUGAAAUUUGAAAUGGAUGUUAACCUAUAUAUUUCUCCUGUUCUCUUUCAGCAGUUAUAAUAACUAAGGUCUUACAAGGUCUGAAAGACUUGACCUGGGAAUUCUGGAACAGCAAAGCAAUCAAAAGCUUUUUUUUUUCCAUGGGCUGCGUGGCAGCGAUGUUAUAUCUAAAAUUCCUCAGUUUGUCCAAGUUCAGUUUUUCGAAGUUUUUUUUUGCACGUCAGUUGAGUUAGCUAGUGAAAGAGGGAAGGACUAUUGAGUAUCAAAAGAAUGGAAAUUGAGUAUUUGUUCCCUACAUAUAUUAGUUCCCUAUUGGUAUAUUUAAAUCAGAGGUUGAUGGAUUCUUGAUUCGUCAGGGCAUGAGGGGAUACAGGGAGAAGGUAAGACAUUAGGGCUGAGAGGGAAAAUGGAUCAGUCAUGAUGAACUAGCAGAGCAGACUCGAUUGGCAAUUGGUCUAAUUCAGCGCCUAUGUUAUAUAAGAUAUGCAUUAAAAGUACAUGUCACAGUGUAACUGGCAGCAAAAAGGUAUCUUUCACUUGAUUGAAUAAACAUCAGAAUGCUUAUGCAGUGUCACUGAAAACCCUGUAUAGGCCAAAGAUAAAUAAUUGAAUCAAAAAAUAGAAACUUGUAUACAAAGCUGCCUCCUGACGAGUGAAGAACUUUACCUGCUGGUUAUACUGUGCUGCUGACUAUGAUAUGUAAAGAAGGUUGGUUGUGAAUUGUUUGCAUGGAAUUUUUAUCAGUGGGUCCAGAUAGAUGUAUUUAUCCUAAAAAAAAUUAUAGAUACUAUGGCAUAGAAUUGGGAAGGAAGUAUUGAAAUCCAUAAUUUGAAUGUGAGGCUGAAAGAAGUAGAUAGAAAGUCAAAAUUAACAACAGCUAUGACUUUUAUGCAAAUGGAACAAAAUUAGGAUGAAAGUCAUUAAUACAAGGUUGCAAGAGAUUCAUCCAUUGUCCUACAUUUGAGAGGAGGUUAAUGGAAAUAAAGAACAGCUACCAAUACUAGAGAUCUGAAAUAGAACAAAAAUGUUUAGUAACAGUAGGUCAACAGCAUCUGUGGGAAGAGAGUCAGAGUUAAUGUCAGAGGGAAAGAAAGAAAAUAAAAGGUGGAUCUAAGUAAACUAUAUUCAUUCACAAAAUCUUGCUUGUACUUUCUACACACAAACCUAUUGAUGGCAGUGUUUAAUGUAUCAGUAUGUAGAAAGUUUGCAUAUUGCUGAAUGUACUAGAAAUGCUUUUUGACAGCAUUCUAUCCAUUACAUUAAUUAUGUACAAAAUUAAAAUCUGACUCUAUUAUGGCUGGUAUGAACCUGACUAAAGUUUGAGGAUGUAAAUCUUGUAACCCAAACCCUAGAAUGCUUAAUUGACUCCAGUCGGAUGACAGGUUCUGACUACCAGUGUUUCAUCACUGAUUCUUUGUUUAAAUAACCUUUUAACUGUUGUUAUGUGUAAGCUAUGUUGUCGAAAGAUGAAGCAUUAUUUUGACACAUUCUACUUAAUUAACAUUUUUAGUUGUGUUUUUGUAAACCUGUACAUUUUCAACAUGAUCACCAAAUGUUAUAGGGUAUUAUUUUCAGUUAUUAUAAAAAAUGAAGAGAGUGCAUGAAGGGCUUUCUCCUUUGAUACAAGCUGCAGUGAGAAAAUUAAUUUUGUUUUCCAUAUUUUUAAUCUGUGAUUUAAAACAAAUAUUUAUGCCUAUCCAGCUACUGAAGGGAAGUUCCUGUUCUUUUUCCAGUUUCCUGAAAAGACACUUGCUCAAAUUUUGUCCUCUUUCCAAACCACUUAGGCUUAAGAGGAAAAAGGGGCCAAGAAAUCCAUUAUGUAAUUUUGUACCUUUCGUGUACAUUUGAUACGGCAGUUGGAUAAUACGAGGUUGCAUGAAUUCUCAGCCCUUGACUUACAACAUAAAGCUCUGCAUCCUAAUUUAAGCCCUUUUCUAUUCAUUGCACACUCAAAGUUUCAUUCAAAAAACCUGCAUUUAAUUCAAAUAUCCAAGAAAAGCGUAUAAACUGCAUCCUGUAUCUGAGGUCAAGGCUGAUGCUGAUGACUACUCUGUAAAUAGAGCCAUGUUCUAUGAGUGUUUACAUACAAGUUAAAUUCUUUCUAAUGUGAAACAGACAACUGUUAAAAUAUCUUUUUAAAACUUCGAACAACAAAAGUAGUAAUUAGAAAACACCUAUUUUAAACUAAUUUGUCAUGAAGAUUACAGAAUCUGAUGUUUAAUUUCUCCUAUGUUUGCAUGAAAUCUUUGGGUGGGAUUUGCAUUGAGAAGUGUGUGUAACUGAGAUAAUUAAUGUUUCUUAAUAAUUUAGAUUUUGUAUAACUAGUGGUAUUCUUACCCUGUCUGUGAGAUAGGGAUCAAAUAUCUGAAAUUUUGGCUGAUGCUCCCAAACACUCUGGAAAAAAUGGAGCCUCUUUAAACUUUACAAGUCAGUUUACAUAGCGUUCUCAUAAUAUAUAGUAAUUCCAUUUGUCUAACUGUCUGUGGACAAGGUGAAUAACUGAUAAGAUGCAAUUUCUCACAGUAAAACAAAAUUUAGGUAACUGAAUUAAAUCAAACUCCUUUUUUACUUAAGCAAUGAAAUUAUUGCAAGAGAUAUUAAGUAUAUUCUCAACAAUCCUGCAGUACUACAUUUUAUUAAGAUUUACAGUUUAAAAGAAUUAAAGAUUUUAACUAGGAUUAAGCAUUGUGAUUUGUAGUAAAAUACAUGAUUAAUCAAGUUUCUGUCUAAAUUGGGAUUGCAUUUUCAUUGGGUGACUUGAAAAGCAUGUAAAAACUUUCCGAAAUGCACAGUGGAGAUUCUAACUUCCCCCCCAGCCUUUUUUUAAAAGAAAAACCCUUUUGUGUUCGGAAUGUAAUGCCAUAAGACAGGAGCAGAAUUAGGCCAUUUGGCCCAUUGAGUUUGCUCUGCCAUUCUAUCAUGGCUGAUUUAUUAUUCCUCUCAACCCCAUUUUCCUGCCUUCUUCAUGUAGCUUUUGACACCCUGACUAAUCAAGAACCUAACAACCUCUGCUUUAAAUAUAACUAUUAACCUCCACGGCCAUCUGAGGCAAUGACUUGCACAGAUUCAGCACCCUCUGGUGAAGGAAAUUCUUCCUCAUCUUUAUUCUAAAGAGAUGUGUUUAUAUUGUGAGGCUGUGCCCUCAGAUCUGAGAUUCUUCCUCUAUAGGAAACAUCCACUAUAGAUGAUCACCAAGAAACCUGUUCCUUUCUCCUAAUAGGGAACCAAUAUGACUCUGAAAUCAGAAAGCUAAAUUGUAAAAUAUAUGAAUAUUACCUAUAAAUGUGUUAUAACUGUCUGGCAAGUCCAUUCAGUUCUGGUGAAUUAGGAAAUAGCAUGUUGAGAGUUGGUAUGUGAAAACUGAGACUAUUGUUGAAGAUAGGAAAAUAGACAAAGGAAAUUUUGGGUAACUUAAGUUGAGCAGUUUGAGAAAAGUAAUAAAACAGUGGGACUUUUGUGUGUUUGGAUAUUGGGCGUGGUUUCAAAUGCAGAGCUUAAUUAUAAAUUAAUAUAUAAUUAGGCUGGAUAAAGCAUCUUUCUGCAUCAUGGAGUUCUGUUUGUGACUAGAUAAUUCUAGUUCUUCCAGUAGCUCCCAGUUUUAGGCUGAUCUAACUUCAAUUGAUUGGAUUCCUUAUUCCUAAAAUAAAGGAUGAAAAGACCAUAAGACCAUAAGACAAAGGAGCAGAAGUAGGCCUUUCGGCCCAUUGAGUCUGCUCCGCCAUUUUAUCAUGAGCUGAUCCAUUUUCUCCUAUUUAGUCCCACUCCCCUGCCUUCUCACCAUAACCUUUGAUGCCCUGGCUACUCAGAUACCUAUCAAUCUCUGCCUUAAAUACACCCAAUGACUUGGCCUCCACUGCUGCCCGUGGCAACAAAUUCCAUAGAUUCACCACCCUCUGACUAAAAAAAUUUCUUCGCAUUUCUGUUCUGAAAGGGCACCCUUCAAUCCUUAAGUCAUGCCCUCUCGUACUAGACUCCUCCAUGAUGGGAAACAACUUUGCCACAUCCACUCUGUCCAUGCCUUUUAACAUUGGUGAUGUUUCUAUGAGGUCUCCCCUCAUUCUUCUAAACUCCAAGGAAUACAGUCCAAGAGCGGACAAACGUUCCUCAUAUGUUAACUCUCUCAUUCCUGGAAUCAUUCUAGUGAAUCUUCUCUGUACCCUCUCCAACAUCAGCACAUCCUUUCUUAAAUAAGGAGACCAAAACUGCCCACAGUACUCCAAGUGAGGUCUCACCAGCGCCUUAUAGAGCCUCAACAUCACAUCCCUGCUCCUAUACUCUAUUCCUCUAGAAGUGAAGCCAACAUUGCAUUCGCCUUCUUCACUACUGACUCAACCUGGAGGUUAACUUUAAGGGUAUCCUGUACGAGGACUCCCAAGUCCCGUUGCAUCUCAGAACUUUGAAUUCUUUCCCCAUUUAAAUAAUAGUCUGCCCGUUUAUUUUUUCUGCCAAAGUGCAUAACCAUACGCUUUCCAACAUUGUACUUCAUUUGCCACUUCUCUGCUCAUUCUUCCAAUCUAUCCAAGUCUCUCUGCAGACUCUCCGUUUCCUCAGCACUAUUGGCCCCUCCACCUAUCUUCGUAUCGUCAGCAAACUUAGCCAUCUAUUCCAUAAUCUAAAUCGUUGAUGUACAAUGUAAAAAGAAGCGGCCCCAACACUGAUCCCUGCGGAACACCACUGGUAACUGGCAGCCAACCAGAAUAGGAUCCCUUUAUUCCCACUCUCUGUUUCCUGCCAAUCAGCCAACGCUCUAUCCACGUAUGUAACUUUCCCGUAAUUCCAUGGGCUCUUAUCUUGUUAAGUAGCCUCAUGUGUGGCACCUUGUCAAAGGCCUUCUGAAAAUCCAAAUAUACAACAUCCACUGCAUCUCCCUUGUCUAGCCUACUGGUAAUUUCCUCAAAAAAUUGUAUUAGGUUUGUCAGGUAGGAUUUUCCUUUAAGGAAUCCAUGCUGAGUUCUGCCUAUCUUGUCAUAUGCCUCCAGGUACUCUGUAACCUCAUCCUUGACAAUCGACUCCAACAACUUCCCAACCACGGAUGUCAAGCUAACAGGUCUAUAAUUUCCUUUUUGCUUCCUUGCCCCCUUCUUAAAUAGCGGAGUGACAUUUGCAAUCUUCCAGUCCUCCGGAACCAUGUCAGAAUCUAUCGACUUUUGAAAGAUCAUCGCUAAUGCCUCCGCAAUCUCCACAGCUACCUCCUUCAGAACAUGAGGGUGCAUUCCAUCUGGUCCAGGACAUUUAUUCACCUUUAGCCUAUUCAGCUUCCUGAGUACUUUCUCUGUCGUAAUUGUGACUGCGCACACUUCUCUUCCCUGCCACCCUUGAGUGUCUGGUAUACUGCUGUCUUCCUCAGUGAAGACUGAUGCAAAAUACUUGUUCAGUUCCUCUGCCAUCUCCUCAUCUCCCAUUACAAUUUCUCCAGCAUCAUUUUCUAUCGGUCCUAUAUCUACUCUCACCUGUCUUUUACUCUUUAUAUACUUGAAAAAGCUUUUAGUAUCCUCUUCGAUAUUAUUUGCUAGCUUCCUUUCAUAGUUAAUCUUUUCUCUCUUAAUGACCUUCUUGGUUUCCUUUUGUAAGGUUUUAAAAACUUCCCAAUCCUCUCUCUUCCCACUAAUUUUUGCUUCCUUGUAUGCCCUCUCUUUUGCUUUAACUUUGGCUUUGACUUUUCUUGUCAAUCACGGUUGCAUCCUUUUUCCACUCGAAAAUUUCUUCUUUUUUGGGAUAUACCUGUCUUGCAUAUUCCUCAUUUCUCGCAUAAACUCCAGCCACUGCUGCUCUGCUGUCUUUCCCGCCAGUGUCUCUUUCCAGUCAACUUUGGCCAGUUCCUCUCUCAUGCCACUGUAAUUUCCUUUACUCCACUGAAAUACCGACACAUCAGAUUUCGGCUUCUCUUUUUCUAAUUUCACAGUGAACUCAAUCAUGUUAUGAUCACUGCCUCCUAAGGGUUCCUUCACCUCAAUCUCUCCAAUCACCUCCGGUUCAUUACACAAUACCCAAUCCAGUACAACCGAUCCCCUAGUAGGCUCAACAACAAGCUGUUCUAAAAAGCCAUCUCGCAGACAUUCUACAAAUUCUCUCUCUUGAGAUCCAGUGCUGACCUGAUUUUCCCAAUCUACUCGCAUGUUAAAAUCCCCCACAAUUAUCAUAACACUGCCCUUCUGACAAGCCUUUUCUAUUUCCAGUUGUAAUUUGUAGUCCACAUCCCUGCAGCUGUUUGGAGGCCUAUAAAUAACUGCCAUCAGGGUCCUUUUACCCCUGCUAUUUCUUAGCUCAACCCAUAAAGAUUCUGCACCUUCUGAUCCUAUAUCACCUCUUUCUAAUGAUUUAAUAUCAUUUCUUCCCAAUAAAGCCACGCCUCCCCCUCUGCCUACCUUCCUAUCCUUCCGAUACACCGUGUAUCCUUGGACGUUCAGCUCCCAGAGACAUGCAUCCUUUAGCCACGUCUCAGUGAUGGCCACAAUAUCAUACCUGCCAAUCUGUAGCUGUACAACAAGAUCAUCCACCUUAUUCCUUAUGCUGCGUGCAUUUAAGUACAACACCCAGUAUUUGAUACUUUUUGCUUUGAUUUCACUGCAACUUUAUUGCACUGCAACUCAUCCCAAUGGCUACAAAUUUGCCCCAUCACCUGCCUGUCUUUCCUGACAUCUUUACUGCUCACUAUCUUAGAUUUAUUUCUGUUUUCCCCUUCCUCCGCUCUAUCAUUCCGGUUCCCAUCCCCCUGCCAAGUUAGUUUAAGAUUAGUGAAGAACUGUUUCUAUAUAAUUAUACAAUUGUCAAAUAUUUAUGCUACCAUUUCCCUCCCAUUUUAAUUGCAUUUAUAACUACCCAUUAAAAUUCCUAUGUUCUGUUCAUUCUCAUAAUGAGCAUUUGUUUCAAAUAAGUAUUCAUUUUACUUCAUUUAUCUCUGGAUGCCUCCCAGUUGCACCCAUUAACUCCACAUUGACCCCAUCCUCACUUAUCCAAAUGAAAUAUUUAAAGUGACUUUGAAUGUGUUUACCAUAUUUCUUAGUGAAUUUGAUAUUGCCUUGGAGAUUGGUUGGUUCAAGACUUAAAAGCAUAUGUAUGACAGCCGAAAUGCUGUUCUGUUGAAAGAGCUGCAGCUGAGGUAUUAAACCAAGGCUGUAAGUGAAUCUAACCCAGCACCCAUUCUAGAUGUUACUGGAGCACAUUAGCUGCUCACUUCCCCUGUUGCUGUUUAAAUUUGCUUACCACAUUUCCUUACAUUAUGCCACACAAUACACUUAAAUGCUGAAGGCUGUCGAGAAGUUCAGAAUAUUCCAAAUAUGAGAAAACUGCUAUCUAAAGGACAAUUUGUUAAGUUAUUUUCCCCUGUCCACUAACCCUAGUUUCAAUUUUGUACGCUACUCCCUGUACCAUCAAGGUUUUGCAAAUACCUUCAGUGGCAAGUUCAAGUUCAAGUAUUGUUAUCCAACAAUACAUGUGUAUACAGCUAAUCAAAACAUCGUUCCACUGGGGCCAAGGUGUAAACAUAGCACAUAUAGUUACAAUCUAGCAGAUACAAUCAUAAAACAAUAUUAGCCCAAGUCCUUGAAUGGCAUAGCCUAAAGAUUGACAGGUUGGCAUAAAGUGUGAGGUGCAUGUUUAUGUAAGACAGAAUAAUGUUUUAAGCAGUCUCCUACUCUUUACCUCAACCCAGCCUUACACUCUUUCCUCACCUAUUGGAACUAGAAACAUAACCCAUUGAUAGUUUCAGUUUGACGCUGACACAUUCCCACUGCUGGUGUUCAGCUUCCCUUGAAUUGUACGUUAAACAGGAAGUGGGAUGGGAGCGUCUGAUAGAAAAUCAAUAGGUUUCUGUUGAUCAAACAUCAUGGAAUAAUGGAAUGAUGUUUCCUCAACAUUGAUUCAGUCAUUCGGCAACUCCAGUGUUUGAUUUUCUUAAUUACAUUUUUUAAAAAUGAGUAUUUCAUUAAUUUACAUGUGUUAACAUGCUAAUAACAUAUGACUUUCAGAUAUCUAAAAUAAAUUAUCACAUGCAAAAAUAAUAGAGAUUAUAAAGGAAAGAAGCAAAAUUGAUAUUUAACAAAUGUUUAUAACUUGCAGUGAAUUUUAUUCCUUGAACAAUCUCUUCAUAAAUGUGUUCAUUUCUGUGAUUCAGAGAUUUUCUCAGUUACACACACAAGGUGUGUAUAUUUUGUUUUGUAACAGUUGUGGAUGAUUUCUUCAGACUUUUGUCUUGCACCUGAGACUGAAUGUAAUGCAGAUGUAUUACAGUGGCACCGAAGUGUAUUGAAGUAGAGUAAUAUGGUAAACCCGCUGGUUCCAAUGCAAUGUUGAACAUGUGUUACGAAUGUAAAUUACAUUUUAUAUUGACUUCUGAAGCUAGGUGUAGCAUUUUGGUACUUCAAAACUUCUGUACAUGGAUUCUCUUGCUUUUUUUAAAAAAGAAUUUCAGUAAUUUAUUGGUGGCUUGAACUUUAAGGAUAGGGCAUUUUAGCAUUGGAUGUUUGCACCUUAUACACAGGUGUUGUUUGAGUAUAACGCUUCCAUUGAAAGAUACUGUGUAAUAGUGGAAGGCACAAUUCUGUAUUCUGCAAUAAGUGGUGCCUCUUUAUUUUUUUUUAGUUUUAUAAGAUGGUUCUGCGAGGGGGUGGAUAGAACAUAGAUUUUCACUCCAAAAAAUAAAUUAAAAUGUGAAAAGUGGCUGUGCUGAUAAUAGAAAAAUACAGCGUUAGUUGAAAUGCAAUACUAUAUGUAAAUGGUGGCUAGUAAAAGAACUUUUGUGUAAGCAACUUGAUUAGAUUUGAAUGUUAUGUAAAUUUGUACAUAAAAUUAUAUUUUCUAUAAACUGGGGUUGUCUUCCAGGAAACUGUAAUUAAUUUAUGAGAAUCUGUUAGUAUUAACCAAGGUCUAUGUUUAGUUAUGCAAUUCAAGAAUCUUGGUAUGCUGGAUGAAUUCUGUAUCAGAUAUGUAGGUUUUGUGCAGACAAUGUUGUCUUAAUGCUCAUAAUAAAACUUUCCAUUUAACCGUCGUGCAUUUUAUUAAAAGAGAGACCCAUCUCUGUAGAACAUGGUGGAAUAAAGGUAGAGGUAGGAGGGAGAGCUGUCAAUGAACUUAACCAUCCAUGUUUAUUUUCUUGGAACUGGUUUUUCCAAUCGAAUUGUUGUUCUAAGACAGUGAUUAAAAAUUGUGCAAAAACAGAAAUAUAUUAAAAAAAGUGAGGUA